GGGAGAAAAGGCUGUGGAGUGAGUCUGUGAAUAGUCGGAAGAGCAGGAGUGGGAGGAGCAGAAGCUGGAGGGCAUAAAGCCAGAAGCGACUCGCGCUACUGGGCAGGCCACCUGCGGCCACUGGGAGUGAUGAGAAGCCCGGUGGGAUGGCUGUCCCUGGCCCUCUGCCUACAUGGGCUGAAAUCAGACUUGAUUUUCCGUAUCCCUCGUCCAUUCUCAGUGUUUAGUAACUAUUCCUGUAUCUUUCCAUUUGUGUAUGAUGACAUCAUCUACUACAGCUGCAUCUCCGUCCGCAGUGACUAUGCCUGGUGCUCUAUCGACGAGAUGUUCCAAGGUAGAUGGCGGUACUGCACCGCGAAAGAUCCCCCAAGCUGCACCUUCCCUUUCUUGUACAGAAAUAAAUACUUUUCUAAGUGCACCAAGGAAGGCUAUGUUUUGAGUCGGAGUUGGUGUUCAUUGACAAGAGAUUAUAACAAAGACGGAAAAUGGAAACAGUGCUCCCCUUACCAUCUAUAAGUCUUGGUGUUCUCAAAGAGGCAGAAGUUACAGGAUUCUUCAGCUGCCUCUGAAAAUACAUCCUUUCCCUGGUCAUUCUGACCAAUAAAGAUUUCCUCUGUCUUCCGUGUGAAUGACUCCUUUUCUCCAAAAAAGAUACAACCCAAGCUCAGUGGUGGCCACUGCAAUGCUGGCUGGGGUGGGGGUGGGAGACCAGUAGUGUAUUUAUGGAGAAGAACUUGCAUUCAAAUAAAAAUCCCGAUGGAUUGCUAACAGCAUAAUCUUUGGCAAGUUAACUAAAUUCUUAGAGAAACUCACUUCCCCUUACACAAUUUUAAAAUUAUGGUAUGCACUUUUAGCUGUUUGAGAUAAAAUUUAUGAUAUACAAUUAACCAUUUUAAAGUGAACAAUUCGGUGGCAUUUAGUACAGUUACAAUGCUAUGCAACCAUCAUCUCUGUCUAGUUCCUAAACAUUUUCACUAUCCCGAGAGGAGACCUUGUACCCAUGAGGAGUCAUUCUCCAAUCUCUCCUCCCUCCAGCCCCUGGGAACCAUUAACCCUAACCCUCUCCUGGAUAUUUCAUAUAAUAUGUGACCAUCAGGGUCUGGCUUCUUUCACUUAGCAUAAUGUUGUUGAGGCUCACCCCACAUUGUCACGUGUGUCAAUGUUUCAUUUCUUUCCAUGGUUGAGAGAUAUUUUACUGUCUGGAUAUACCGUGUUUUAUUUAUCCAUGGUUGUUGCUGUUCAGUCCACUAAGUCGUGCCUGACUCUCUGUGAUCCCGUGGACUGCAGCACACUGGGCUUCCCUGUCCUUCACUGUCUCCCAGAGUUUGCCCAAACUCAUGUCUAUUGAGUCAGUGAUGCUUCUAACCAUCUUAUGUAGAUUUUAUGAAGCACAUAUGUCAUAUGUAUAGAGCUAGGUGAAUUUCCACUAAACACUCCAUGUAACUGACAACUAUAUUUUUAAAAAAACAUCAUUUCUAGCCCUGCUUCAUUCCCUUUUCCAGGCGCUACCCACCCAAAUGGCACCAAUGGAUUUGCCAGUUGAAGCAGGGUUUCCAUAAACCUUCAAUUUGUUAAAAAAAAAAAAAAAAGAGGAGACUUCCCUCUUGAUUCAGUGGUUGAGACUCUGCACUUCCACACUGCUGGGGACCAGGUUUCCUUCCCUGGUCAGGGAACUACAUCCCACAUAUGGCAACUAAGACCUAGCACAAUCAAAUAAAAUCUUUUUAAUUGGGGAAGAAGCAAUGGAAAAUAACCUCAAUAAACAAGAAAGCAAAGACACAAGACAGGACUAAGGAAACAGGAAACUGUUGAAAGGCUGCAAGAUCAAAUGUGUUA